AUGACUGCUGGUUUUAUAUUUAUGUUCAAAGAUGCCAACUUUUCAAUUAACUGCGGUGGUCCAGCGAGGAGAUCUGCUGAGGGAAUAUUGUACGAGGCUGAAAAUUCUACUUCCCUUGGCCCGGCAUCGUAUUAUAUGGUUAGUACAGAAAAAUGGGCAGUCAGCAAUGUGGGGAUUUUUUCCGAGAAAAGUGAUCCAGUAUAUACCAGGAACACCUUGGCACAAAUUAGGAGCACCAGCACUCCAGAGCUUUUCCAGACUUCAAGGAUGUCUCCGGCUUCACUUAGAUACUAUGGCUUAGGACUACAAAAUGGAGAUUACAAUGUAAGUCUGCUAUUUGCGGAGACUAUUUUUAGUGAUAGAAGCACACGUACAUGGGAGAGUUUUGGGAGGCGCGUUUUUGAUAUUUACAUUCAGGGGACUCGCCAACUGAAGGACUUUGAUAUAUCAAAGGAGGCAGGUGGGGUUGAAACAGCAGUCCAGAAGAAUUUCAAUGCUACUGUAACCCAGAAUUAUCUUGAAAUUCAUCUAUUUUGGGCUGGGAAGGGUACAUGUUGCAUUCCUGUGCAAGGCGAUUAUGGACCAUUGAUUUCAGCCCUCAGUGUUGCUUCAAGUAAUAAACCUAAGUAAAAUGAUUAUUACACAUAUAUUAUAUAGAUAAAUAUACAUGAAUUUCUUUUCCCUCUUUCAAAUACAAGAUGUUUAGAUGCCCUUCUCUACUGCUAUAGACCAGCGAUAAGUGAUUAAUCUGUUUUGCUCAGAGUUUACACCUACUGUUAGUGGACUACCUCCAACAACUUUGCUACCUCCAACAACUCAAUCAAAGAAAAACAGGAC